GUAUAACGGGCCCGACACUGGCCACUUGGACACCGUGAUUCCUGGCCAGGUUCUCUUCUGUGAUCCAGUUGUCCCCUCAUGCGUGCAGCCAGAGCUGGACAGCUGCAAGGCCUUCUCACCGUCGUGUGGUGGAGCUCCAGCACCUGCUCCAGCACUCGUGGCAGUGCCGCCACCAGCACCAGCAUCAAUGGAGCCCUCCAUUCCUCCAGGCUGGACCAUCCCAAAGAUGAUGGAGGCAGUCGCUGGGACUCCAGUGAAGUAG